AUGUCUACAGUCUGUAGGCAGAUGUUGAGCUUCGUAUUCGCAGCUUUCUGUUCCAACGACGGCAAGGCCAAGAUCAAUCCGGGGGAAAUACAAGGCUUAGGGUCUAGACUACGGAGACGGCUCCGAGGAAAAGACCGAGAUGAUGGGCGGUGA